AUGAGCGACUUAGGAAAACUUACAUACUAUCUUGGUAUUGAGGUAUUGCAAGAGAAAGAUGGGAUCAUGUUACGACAAGAAAGUUAUGUUAAGAAGAUUCUUGCUGAGACAGGGAUGAGUGAAUGCAAUUAUGUUCUUGUUCCUAGGGAGUUUGGCUUAGAGCUUUGUAAAGCAAAGCAUGAACAAUCGAUUGAUGAGAAGCGUUAUCGAAGAACCAUCGGAUGUCUUAGAUACCUGCUCCAUACUCGGCCAGAUUUAUCAUACCCUGUUGGUGUUCUUAGCAGGUAUCUGCAGGAGCCUAGAGAGUCACAUGGAGUUGCGUUAAAACAAGUUUUGAGGUAUCUUCGAGGGACGACUUCACACGGUUUUUAUUUCAAGCGAGGAAACAAAACUGGUCUUGUGGGUUUCAGUGAUAGCAGUCUUAGUGUGGAUUUAGACAAUGGAAGAAGUACUGCUGGUCAUAUCUUUUAUUUCAAUGAAUGUCCGAUAACAUGGUGUUUUCAGAAACAACAAGUAGUAGCUCUUUCUUUUUGUGAGGCAUAA